AUGCUACGAAGUGUGGCUAGUCAAAGUCACCCUGGUCAAGGUCGUGCAGGUCUUGACAGGUCACCGAACGAUAAGAUCGCAGGAGACUAUGAGGCGUUGUUGCGACUGCUGGGCCAUCUGGUGCCCUCGAAAGUUGAUUCUCAUGUGUUUACAGAUAAUGAAAAGAGCUGUAUCUACACGAACUGGAUCAAAGCUGGGAAACCUCACAAUUUGGUCUGCUCAGAGUGUCGAAGUCCAGAUGAUUUGAUGCUCUGCGAGACUUGUUGUAGGUCGUACCAUGCGCGAUGUCUGCCAGAUCCUGCUAGACCUGCUUCUACAGGCAAUUUUUAUUGUCCUUCUUGCAGAGACAAGCGAUGGGAUCUGACGCCGCCUCUCAUCAACUCAUUGGCGGCUUCACCAGGUGUCUCUCGGAGCAGCACACCUGUUCCACCCCCGGCUAUAAUGCAUAGUCGCACAGGUCUGGCAGCCAUUCUGAGCACACAGACAAGUCUGCAAAGCUCUCCUGUUCAUUCUUCGCCGGUUGAUAGUCAGCAGCAGGGGGCCCAGAAUGUGCUGACCAUGGCAUCAAGCUCUGACCUCAUGUCUCGAGCGCGACACUUUUUAAUCCAGCACGGGAAGUUUCCUACAACUCAAGAUUUUCAUCCCGAGCUCUUGUCAAAUUUGGGGACCAUGAUGUUGGAGCUAGAGUCACAACAGUUGUUGCUCCAGGAAAUCCAGGACUUGCGAGAGGAAAAUGCCAGCCUGAGAAGAGAGGCCUUGAAAACCAAGCAUUAUUAUCCCUCUCGAAUGCCGAUAAAUGAGUCUGCUCUCAGUUCCCCUUCUUGCCUAUCACCUAGGAUUCAGACUCCAUCUCCCGACACAGCUGGAAAGUCAUGGGAUAGAAUUGUUAUGGAUUUGAUUUGA